GUCGCUAAAGCGCGGAGAACCUUCCUUUGUCAUCUGCCCUGUGCAGUACACUUAAACUAAGUACCGGUAGGCCGUUUGAGACACAGCCAUACACUUGUCUUAAGUGUGUGUGCAAUUGUAUCAACAGGGGGAGCUGAAGGAGACCCAGAGGAGAUUCCAGCAGAGAAUCCAGCAAAGUGAGAAGGAGAUGCAGGAGCUGAGGAAAGCCGUGGAGGAGAGGACCAACAGCUCUGCACAGACAGCAGUGGAGGACAGUGAGAGGGUCUUCACUGAGAUGAUCCGCUCCAUUGAGAGAAGGCGACGUGAGGUGACAGAGCUGAUCAGAGCCCAAGAGGCUGAGGUGAAGCAGGCUGAAGAACAUCUGAAGCAACUGGAGCAGGAGAUUAAUGAGCUGAAGCAGAGUGAUGCUGAACUGGAGAAGCUUACAAGCACAGAGGAUGACAUCCAUUUCCUUGAGAAUAUCCCCUCCAUCCCAGAAAUCCCUCGUCCCAAACACAGCAUGACCUUCAGCCAGAGUUUCUCUCUGGAGGCUCUGGAGGAAUCUCUCUCCACUAUGACGGUGCAGCUGAAGGAGGAGCUGGAAGCCAUCAUCAAGCAGGAAGCAGAUACUGAUCCUGAACUCCCAUCCAGCACCAACGGCUUCCACGGGCCCAAGCUGGGCGCGGAGCUGAUCUCACAGCAGCAGCAGAACGUGCUGGUCAUCACCGUCCUCCUCUCCUCGCUCUACUCGGCCGUCUGUGGACUCGUGCUCGUCUACGGCAAGAAGAGCCACUGGAAGGAGCUGCUGCACCUCUACAGCCUCACGCUGGACAGGUACACCUGCCUCACCUGUCUGAAGGCACCUGAGAAGACACCAGACUCCAGCGGGGCUACUUCUCAUUAA